AUUGUCAAACCCAAAGUCUCGGUCUACAUGGCCAUUGACGGUGUCGCGCCCCGAGCCAAACUCAACCAACAGCGUUCCCGACGCUUUCGCUCCGCCAUGGACAUGGCUGAAGCUACCAAAGAUUUGAAGGAUGAGAAAGGCAACCAACGGGAAGUGUUCGAUUCCAACUGCAUUACCCCCGGUACCGAGUUCCUCGCCAAGGUCUCCAACACCAUACAGUACUUUAUUCGCAAAAAAAUCAAGGAAGACCCCUCCUGGCACGGACUGACGGUAAUCUUUUCCGGACACGACGUCCCCGGGGAAGGCGAGCACAAGAUUAUGCAACAUAUACGCGAAAUGAGGGCACAGCCCAACUACGCACCCAACACGCGACACUGCAUUUACGGACAAGACGCCGAUCUCAUCAUGCUGGGAUUGGUCACACAUGAACCCCAUUUUACAAUCCUACGUGAAGUUAUCGAUUUCAAU